ACGCACGGCGUCCGACUUAGUCUUUGGUCGGCGUCAUCGUUCAAAAGUCGCUGUCCCUUCGGAAGAGAAAGAGAGUUAAGACUCCUGCCGGUGCAGUGGUUAGAGAUUGGAUCGUCGGAGGACCAGACAGGAUAAACAAUGCCGGCCCGCAACAAGGAUCAGGAGUCCGAGGUGCUCACUUGGAUCGAGGCUGUCCUGGGCGAAAAACUUCCACCGGGAAACUACGAGGACAUCCUCAAGGAUGGAGUCGUCCUGUGCAAACUCAUCAACAAACUGGCUCCCGGAUCGGUGAAAAAGAUUCAGGAAAAGGGAACCAACUUUCAGUUGAUGGAAAAUGUUCAAAGAUUCCAAGCCGCCAUCAAGAACUACGGCGUCCCACAAGAGGAGAUCUUCCAGACGGCUGAUCUCUUCGAGAGACGCAACAUCCCACAAGUGACCCUGUGCCUUUAUGCUCUCGGUAGGAUUACGCAGAAACAUCCUGAGUACAACGGACCCGGUCUAGGACCCAAGAUGGCCGACGAGAACAAACGAAUCUUCUCGGAGGACCAGCUCCGAGCGAGCGAGGGCCACCUCAAUUUGCAAAUGGGUUUCAACAAAGGCGCCAGCCAAUCUGGCCACGGUGGAUUCGGCAACACGAGACACAUGUAAACAUUUGCCUCGACCCGACAACUUGUUGACGACGAUCGCCUUAGGCACACAUUACUACUUGCUACCCAUCUCCACACAUUAUGAGACGGUUUUCACACUCUUGGAAUGGAAAAGCGUCGCGUGCGCGAACUUCGAAUGACAUUAAAAGCAUGUCCACGCGUGGGAGAGUAGAGCUAACAUCGUAACUCGUCGUUGUAAAUUUAUUUUCUCAUUCUUUGUACAAGUAAAUGCGAGAUUCUGUAACUGUGUCGAUCGAGUAGCGUAAUCGAUGGCUAAACACAUUCUACACGUUACAAUCACUCACUUUGCAUUAUACACUUUACAAUUUACUCUAUGUACUCUGCACAUUGCACAAACAACACGUACAACAUGGAUCACGUAUUCUACACGAACAUAUGGAAACAAGUACACGCACAGAAACACGGUUACACGCGUCGAGGACUCGAUAUAGACGUUGUUGAAGUCUAAUAAUUAUGCGUGGAAGUUCGACAAACAAUUUCGACGACGAUGUGCAAUAAAACGAAACUUAUAACUCGACUGAUAUUUCGCACCACGCAUAAUUAUUGAAGAUGACAGGCAACACGACGCGAAGUGCCAACAAAGCAUUUGUCAUUUUCCGUCGCACAAGUGGUCAGUAGUCUCGCAUUUGCUUCAAUGAAUUCCGUUGAUUCGAAGCAAACAGUCGUACUUUUCUAAGGUUUCUAAUUGUCCCUGAUACCUAAUCACCCUAUUCACAUGUGAACAAAUGUAUCGAAUAAAGAGGCAGCGCUGCUAUUUUCUAUUA